CAGAUCAUUGCACUGGAAAGAAUGGCAGCGUUAUCCUUCCAAACCUACAUCGACAAAGAGAAUUCAAGCAGUUUCCAGUCCAAGAAGGUUACAGGCUUAAAGAAAGGACUUGGUCUGAAAGUAGGAAAAACACUAGAUGAAAACUUUGUCACUCCUCGUAAAGCAUUGGGCAACAUCAACAAAGAAAACCAGGGGGUGAAAGCCUUUGGCUUGAAACAGGGCAGUGUCAAUCCACUGAAGCCACUGAAACUUGCAGACAGCACAAAUCUAGUCACACCCAGGAAGGCUUUAGGAAGCAUUAACAAGGACCCCAGGGCUGCUAGUAUCAAAACACCCAGUCUCAAACAGCUUUGUAACCCUGACUCGGGCAAACCAGAAAACUUAAAGAAAUCUAGUAAGCCACAGAUUGACCUUGGGAAAAAACAGAAAACUGUUGCCCCACAGCUCAAGUUAACUAAGCAGCCAAUUGUUCCCACCCGUCACCAAGUGGAGGAAAUAGAACACAUGUACAUCCCCCUAGAUAAUGAAGAAGAUGAUUUUGAAGACAUCAUGCCAAAGUCUGAGAGAAUCAGCACCUACAUUUCCAAAUUAAUUAGCUGGAGGCCUCCAUGUUUUGGAAAUCCACAUUUCUCUGAUGCGGAAGAGGAGAGAUAUGAUGAAGAUUUAAUGAAGAAGAGAGAAGACAUAGCUCAGAGACUGGGACAGAAUCUACCAAAUAAUGAUCUCAUUGAACCAGUAAUGUCUGAAGAGGAAUUCCUUUCUGUGGAACCCUUAGAGGAAAUCCCAUUACCAACCCUGGCGUCCAUUUCUGCGGGUGCGGAGUCAUUUCCUGGUCUGGACGAUUCUGUGGACAUUGUGACUAGCAUGGGUACUCUUCAGCUCCAUGACCUCUCACCUGUCUUGAACACUUGACCUGUUACAUUUGCAUAUUGAAUCCAGUGAGAAUCGUGUGACUUGAGUUUAUUUUUUUCAGGGCAUAUUUAGGAUAUUGUGUUGACUGUUUAUUGUAUGGUUCCAAAAUGAACUUUAUAUGAAGUUGGGAGAUUCUGUAAAAUAAUUUUAGUCAUUUUAGAAAUUAAAAAGCAAGUGUAUUAUGUGCUGCUGAAUAUGAAAUCAUAGAUUUAAUUUCUGGCAUUUUCAAAAUUAAGGUUUUCUGAUAGACAUAUUAAAAAGUUUAGUCAUUCUGUUUUCUUGAUUCAAUUAUUAAUAAAUAUUUAAACUUUUGCAGCAGUAUCACAUCACUUUUAAGCUCCCCUGAGCCGAAGAGUUUAACUUCUUUGACCAAAAUAUGUCUGUUGUCUGUCUUUGUCAUCAUAAACUUUUCACAUUUUAAUCUUUUUCACAAAACUGCUGGGCCAAUCUCAACCAAACUUGCCAAAAAUUAUGCUUGGGUAAAGGGGAUUCAAAUUUGUUCAAAUGAAAGACCACACCAUAUUGAAGGGGAGAUAAUGAAGAAUUAAUGAAAAUUUAAAGGCAUCUUUUAAAAAUCUUCUUCUUGAGAACCACUGGUCAUAAACAUGAAACUUAUCUGAAAGCUUCAUUAUAUAGUGUAGAUUUGAAUUUGUUCAAAUUAUUACCCUCAGGUAGGAUGGGGGCACAAUAGGUGAUCAUUUUACAAAGGAAUAGAUAGGAAAAAUUUUAAAGAUCUUCUCAAGAGUAGCAAAUCCAUGAUUAGCUUUAUUUGUAUGGAAACAUCUUAGGUAGUGUAGAUUCAUAUUUGUUCAAAUCAUGACCCCCCGGGGUGGGGCCACAAUGGGCAAUCAAAGUUUCACAUAGGAUACAUAGGAAAGAUCUUUUAAAAUCUUCUUUUCAAGAAUUAGUCAUAUUUAUGUGGGAGCAUCCUCAGGUAGUGUAUAUUCAAGUUUGUUCAAAUGAUGACCUCCAGGUAGGGAGUGGCCACAAUGGGGUAUCAAAUUUUUACAAAGGAGUAUAUGGGAAAAAAUCUUUAAAAAUCUUCUGCUCAAGAACAGCAAAGUCAUUUGUUAUAUUGAUAUGGAAGCAUCCUCAGGUAGUUUAAAAUUCAAGCUCCCCCCCCCCCCUUCCCCAUGUAAACUUUUCAAUACUGAAUUGAUUUGUGCUUUUUCCUAGCCAUUGUGCUCAGGUGAGCAAUGUGGCCCAUGGGCCUUUUGUUUUAUAUUUUCACUGCAUUUUAUUUUGUCCAACUCACAGGCCAGAUAAAGUAAAAAUGGACCUAGUUUUAUUUUUCAUUUUGUAUUUGAUCAAUUCUUGUACACAUUUUUAAGACAGAAUAAAUUUUGUAUUAAAGUU